AUGAUGACACGCCUUCUAACGAUCGCUUUCUUCAGUAUUCUCUCUCAGACAUGGGUUCUUCUUGAUAAUGGAAACUUUACGAUCCAAUGCUAUUGUUUCUUUGUUCUCAACACUUCGUUCGUCAUCAUUCAACAUGUUUUAUGUGCUUCUGCCAACACGAGACUACCGAAUUACGACGAUCACCCAAUUGUUAAGAAAAAUUGUCUCAAAGUGACUAUCUUGUUUUCCGGGAUGAUUAUAUGCUCCACUAAAGCUCAAAAUUUUUUCAUGUUUCUUUCGCAGUGCUAUUUCCAACCGAUGUUUUACGCUUGGCUUCUGGACUUCCAUAUUGUUUUUUACGACGAGUAUUUUUACAUUGAUGAUUGUCGAGAUCGGAUUUUGCGAAUGAGAAGAAGAAGAGAAGAAAUGAGAGGAAGUUUUGUGAAAAUAAUAACUAUCAAGAAGUUAAUCAAGCUACCGAUAAGAAGUGGUUCUGUUGAUAUACUAGAAUGUAUCAUCUGUCAACUGAAAUACAAUGAUUUCGAAGAAAACCGAUUCCCGCGAAUAAUGAAGGAAUGUGGUCAUUCAUUGUGCACAGAAUGUGUCAACUUGCUUAUAAGCAAAACUACAUUAAGAAAUAUAAUCCAAUGUCCAUAUUGCAGAAGGCCUAGUAUUGCAAAUAUCAAAAAUAUUUCUAAGAAUUAUGCACUACUUGAUGUCAUUCGAGAAUCGAAAGAGUGA